CAACUGCGCCACCCACCUACUGCAGUACUCCUCGCCCCUUCCUCUUCGCCGCUCCGCCUCCCAAGGACAGAGAGGAGAGAGACCGAGCGGGUGCGGCGGCGAGCCAUGGCGGGCAUCGCAGCAUCGCUCCCGCCCACGGCGCCGGCGCCUGCGCAACAGCAGCAGAUGCAGCAGCAGCAGCAGGCCAGGGAGCAGCUGCAGAAGGCGGUGGAGAUGAACGCGCAGCGCCUCAGGGCCAUCGGCGAGCGCAUCAGGGGCCACUUCCGCGGCGGCGCGGCCGCGCUCCCCCCCGCCGAGCUCUCCCACCUCGUCUACGCCUUCGCCAGAGGGAUCGAUUACGCGCUCUCGGGCGGUGACGUGCCUAAGAUGGCGCCCGAAGUACCUGACAUUUUGAGAAAGGUAUAUCAGCUGAGGAGAGAGCCAUCUAUACAAUCUUCUGUCAUGGUACUGAUCAUAUCAUGCAAGAAUGCUUGUAAAAGUAAAUGGUUUCAACCUGCAGAUUACAUUGACGUUCUCAGAAUGGCUGAUGAGCUAUCUGGCAACUUCUGCACGCCCGUUAGCGAGCCACCUAAUGACAGCACUGUGCUUGAAAUAAUUUCAACAGUAAUGCCAAGGUAUUAUCCUAAGUUGAAGUUUGACCGUCUAAUCAUUUCAUUGGAAGCAAAGGCUGGGUAUGAUAUUUUGAUGGCUGACUUCUUUAUUCAUAGAAAUCUACCUAAAAAUGAAAAGAUUAGUUUAAUUGUUGUCCAAAAGGAAAAUUUAGGUGUCUCAUCGUGCAUCACAAACCCACCGCAUGUCAGUUUUUUAGUAAAUGGAAAAGGCGUGGACAAAAGGACUAAUGUUUCACAGGAAACAGGACCCCAGUUCCCCACUGAUAUCACCAAGAUGCUAAAAUUUGGUGCGAACAUCUUACAAGCUGUUGGAUAUUUUAAUGCUAGCUACAUUAUAGCUGUAGCAUUUGUGAACAGUUUGACAUCGUUUGAUGCUCCCAAACUUGAUGACUAUGCCCAACCAGUCACAAUAGAUGUUCCUGAUUCAGAUGUACUUGAAGGGCCAUCAAAAGUUUCCCUGAAGUGCCCCAUAAGUUUUAGGCGCAUAAAAACCCCAAUUAAAGGGCGUCUAUGCAAACACUACCAGUGUUUUGAUUAUGAUAAUUACAUGGAUAUGAACUUGAGGAAACCGAACUGGCGCUGUCCAUGUUGUAAUACUCCUUCCAAUUUCCUUGACCUACGAAUUGAUCAGAAGAUGGCCAAGGUAUUACAAGAGAUGGGAGAUGAUAUCAUUAAUGUUCUUCUAUUCCCUGAUGGAUCUUGGAAAGUUGAUUCAGUUCAUGACGAGAAAUCAGAUAGACAUGCAGCUCAUACAGUUCAGCAGAAUGGGGAUGCUGUAGAAACUGAUGCAACUCCUUCCGAUGUCAUAGACCUGAUAAACAGAGAUGAUGAUGGUGAUCUGCCUAUGAGGUCGGCUUCUACUUCAGAAGAUAUGAAACCUCUGUUGAAUAGCCAAGAUUUAUCUGUGGCUGACUAUCUUCUGGAUUUGCCUAUAAGCACGUCUGCUCAGUCAGAAGAUCUACAUGUAGGUGGACAUAACAGAUGUAGCACCGGAACUUCGACUUCUGGCCAAAAUCCUUUACUAUCGUCUGCUGGUGGACCCGUACCUAGUUCUUAUGGGACCUUGGAGUCUAUUCUGCCUAGAGAUAUCCUGCAAGCGCAACCUGUUACGACAGAUACCGCCUCUCCUUUUCAAAUCUCCAAUUCAACAUUUGCCAUGCAGCAAUUUUCACAAGGACCAUACCCCACUAUGAUGCAGAUGCAACCACGGAUAGAUUCUUUACUUGCAUCAGAAGUAGCACGGCCUCCUGUACCUAGAAAUGUCAGGAGAGAACCUGUAGCAGUCCAGGCUCUGGCAGUGCCCUCACAUAAUUCAUCUAGAAGGGUCCAGCCAAAUGUCUCGUAUUGGCCACCUACUCCUCACACCCUGCAAUCCAGUGCAGCUUCUUCAAACUACCAAGCACACCAUGUGCCAAAUGCAGACAGCAUCAUCACAUCGAUGAUUAGUGGUGUUGGGCCACUCUCAAGAGCUCCUGAUGGUGCCUCAUUCUUGCAUCUACAGUCAACACAACAGGACAUGCGCCGGGUAAUGGGUCUUGCUGCACCACCUCUCAUGGGUACAAGACCUGCAGCAGGAGGCCGAGGACAGGGCAGAGGUGCUAAUGCUGCCUAUGGAACUCCCUUUUCCCAACAACAUCAGAGCUUUGAUCAGAGACAGUUGAACAAUCGAAUGGGCCAGAUGAUUACCCAACUAGGCGGUGCAGUUAGCCAGGCCCUGACGAACUAUCACUACGCACCCCAGCAAAGCCAGGCAAUGAGAUCACAAGUUGUGUCCCGACCAGCAACUCCGCAGGCACAGCCGCGUGUGCAGUCUCCCGGUCUAGCAUCCGCUGUUACCACUCCUGCCACGCCCCUCGUCGAAGCUUCUGAUCUCCAGGAUCUUCAGAUGGACCCGAACUGGCAGCCCACAGGGCAGAUGCGGGGGAGUCUGGUAGGUUCUGCCUAUGAUCAGGCCCUGGACCGUUAUUUGAACUCUGGCGGCAGUCAGCGGACAGGUCAGGCUCGGCCACCUGGCAGGUAAAAGUCAGGUGCUGCGGGGAGCCCUGGACUGAGUAGAUAACAUGUUAAUCACCUUCUGCGUCUGACUCUGAACCUCUCAUCCACCGUACUAGAUAUGUAAGUUUUUAAUUAUUAAUCUAUGUUAGGUUGCUGAUGCAGGGACUAGGACCUUUUGGUAUGGAGCAUUAGCUACAUGAUUUUUCUUUUGUUAUAUGUCACCUUGCUCGGAUUAUAAUUUUGUAAGUACAUUUCUAUGCUGGGUUGUGCAUGCCUGACGACUGGAGGAGAGCUACCCUUUUGGGAGUUGUGACUUA